AUGGCAUCCGAACAAAUCAGAGCACCCAGCAGCAAGCCUGGAGAGACAAAUUAUUAUUGCUGGGCUCGCGUAUAUCACAAGGUUGAAAUCCUCAAGGCCGCCGAGUUCUCUGCAGUUGAGACUGGCCUGAAAGAGGCUGAGAAAGGAUUGGUUGCUGGCACACCCAAGAUGAUUCCUGACCGGAGGCUGGGUGAAAUUGUUGGGAAGGAUAUUGGAGGAAAGUUACAGACCAGUCGAAGCAGGAACGAGCAGGUGGCUACCGACGUGAGGUUGUGGCUGAGAGAUGAGCUGAGGAGAGUUGAGAGCUAUCUAGUGGACUUCCUCAAGGUCAUGGCUGCCAGAGCAGAGCAGGAAAUCUCCUGGCUACCAGAAGUUAUUGUCCGGGUCGAUCAGAAUAUGUCCAGCAAGGAACGAGGGUAUUUUUCAUUUCCUUCUCACACUAACUGCUUUGGUGUGGAUCGAGAAGCUAUGACGAAAGAGCUUGGCUUUAAUAGGCUGGCUAUGCAGUGGGCAUCUAUACUCAUGAUCCAUAUUAGCAGAGGGGCUGAGGACCUUAUUAUCUACUGGACUGGAGAGUUCAACUUUGUCAAACUGGCGGGUGCUUACUCCACGGAAAGUUCGUUAAUGCCACAGAAGAAGAAUCCUGAUUGCCUCGAACUGCUCAGGGGUAAGAGUGGUAGGGUGUUUGGCAAAUGGCUGGCCUUUCAAUGGCAAUCUAGCGAAUCCGUACUAUUGGGAGAGUUUGUGGAACCCAUGUUAGACGUGAUUAAGAGCACUCAAAAUAGCGUUCAAAUUGCUACCGGCGUGCUUAUCGCGUUGGCGACUUCAAAAAGAUUGACUCUCGCUUCGGAGAAGACGUACUUUGCAUGUUUUGAUUAUGAACAUAGCGUCGAGAUGCAUUCAGCUUCUGGUGGAACCGCGAAGGUUUCAGCUUUGGCUUAG